GCGCGAUUACUGCAAAAACAAGGAGAAGCUUUGUGGCAAGGAUGUCAACUGUACACAGGAGGGCAUUACAUACAAGUGCACCUGCCAGUCCGGACAUUAUUACGAUGGCUAUUUUAGGAAAUGUUCGGAUGUGGAUGAAUGUCGCAACUCCACCAUUGAGAGGCAAUGCACACGCCCUGGAUCGAAUGCGGUCUGUAAAAACACUGUUGGCUCAUACGUUUGUGAUUGUCCUAUUGGAUCUCGUAAAGACUUUAUCAACAACUCAACUAUGUUUACAUGCAAAGAUCGUUGCAUAUACUUGCAAGAUGGCGUGCACAGGUGGGAAGUGCUUCCCAAUCAUAAAUUCAACCGGACGUGCAAGCCGGGCUAUCUGCCGAGACAUCCGCAGACCGUGCAGUGCGGCCCGAACGCCGAGCUGUUCCGCCCGUACCCGACCUGCGUCGCCAUGGUCUGCCCGAGCGUGUCCGGCACGAUUGCUGGCGGUGGUGUCGUGAUCGCCGCCAAUAACGCUUCCGACGACGGCCACCGGCUGUACGCUCAGGUCCAAAUCGACUGCGCCAACAAGAGCCAGGGCAUACAGUUAAGACAACCCUACUCCGAUUCGCUCCCCAAGACAACACUUGAUUGUCGGAGCGACAAGGAUUCCACAGCUCCAUACCAUGCCUGGAGACUCGCAAUUGGCAUGCCGCUGGACACAAUUCGUGAUAUACGAUGCUCAGACCAUUGUGUGAUUAACAAGUAUCUCCCAUUCGGUAACGUUCAUCCAACACCUAUCGGCAGAAGAAUGAAUUACACCUGCAAUCAUGGUUCGAUACCCGCCUAUAAAUCGGGGAAAAACGAAACAGAUGUCCCUCUCUGUGAACUGAUCGACGGUUAUGCCGCAUACAAAAAGCCAUCAGUGUUACCGGUGGACUGCAUAUCUGACAACGUGUGUAACCGAAACGCAUCAUACUGCCCAUCUGAUUCCUGGUGCUCCCCGUAUAAGACACCGGUGUGCCAAUGCAAGGCCAGCGGGCAGUUGUUCAACGAAACUGCCCAUCAGUGUCAGGAUAUUGACGAAUGCAACCUUCCCGGCUAUCCGCUCUCCUGUGCAAGACACUCAAUCUGCACUAACACGCCGGGAUCAUAUACAUGUGCCUGUCCCAAGCACUGGAGAGACACUGCUACUGAUGCAGGAUGCCAACAAGUCAACUAUUGUCUUACCCGGUCCGGGAACAAGUGUGCCGAGAAGAAGGGAACAUGCUCGCUCAACUCUACAACGGACGCCGGCUACACGUGUGGCUGCCAGACCGGCUAUCAGCUACCCAACUGUACGGAAAUCGAUGAGUGCUCUCUCGGCAGCCAUGAUUGCCUUAGCAACUACACCUGUGCCAACACGCCGGGCUCCUACUUCUGCGUUUGCCCGCAAGGCUACAGUAACUUUGUCGGAUCGUCCACCUGCUUAGACAUUGACGAGUGUGCGAAUGGCGGGGCGGGAUGCUCUCACAAAGCGCAUUGCAACAACACCCCGGGGUCCUUCACGUGCAACUGCCAAGCUGGCUUCACUGGCAAUGGCAGUGUGUGUGACACUGUGGACGAAUGCGCCCUGGGCACGCAUCGCUGUCACCUUAAACCGCCGUCGUUCUGCAUCAAUACCUACGGCUCUUACGCGUGUAAGUGCCCAGCAACUGGGUACACCGAUAACGCUACGGCGUGUAUCGACGACGACGAAUGUUCGCUUGGCACGCAUCAUUGCAAUACAGAUAACGGCGUGUGUCAAAAUACUCCGGGAACGUUCAGCUGUCGCUGCAAGGCUGGAUUCACGGGCAACGGUACACUGUGCAAUCCCAAGGACCCGUGCCUGAGACAAGGUAGAACGUGUGAUAGCAGAGCCUCGUGCACACCCAACCCUAGUACCGCCGCCACCAGCACAAGUACGGCUUCGACUCACAGCUGCAUUUGUCCAACUGGCUAUGUUGGUGACGGGUACACAUGUGAUGAUGAAAAUGAAUGCCAGUCCGGAACACACCAAUGCGCCGUGCUUGGCGCUGACUGCAGUAACUUUGAAGGUAGCUACUCUUGUAGUUGUCAGGCUGGCUUCACUGGAAAUGGAACAAGCUGUGAAAAUAUAGACGAGUGCAUUGAGGUGCAAACUUGCCCACGAACAUCAAACUGCAUGGACAGCAAUGGUUCAUACGCGUGUCACUGUUUCUCUGGUUACUCUGGUGUAUCUUGUGACGAUAUCGAUGAAUGUAGCAGCGGUGCACACAAUUGCGGACUGAACACCGAGUGCGUGAAUGUACCCGGAGGCUUUGAAUGCGAAUGCGUACACCAGGGCACAAGUUUGGCCGUCGUGAGCAGCACGCAGGUUUGCCAGGACAAUGACGAAUGCAGCACAUCGGCUCACAAGUGUGACUUGACCACCACAACGUGCAACAACACGUUUGGAACCUACUCGUGUGGCUGCAGGAGCGGCUAUGUACAUUCGAUCGACUCGACCACCAGCUGUGUGGAUGUGAACGAGUGCGGUAGGAAUGUGACCAGCUGCCCCACGCUCUCGCGCUGCGAGAACACGGCAGGCAGCUUCACAUGCCAAUGCCACUACGGCUAUGUCCUGGACAGCAGCAGCGGCACUUGUGUGAACAUCAACGAGUGUUUAAGUGGUGCGAGCGGACGGCCGGCUUGCGGCCGCAACGCCACCUGUGUGGACACGCCAGGCUCGUUCAACUGCCGCUGUCGACUAGGUUUCGAGCUCAACGGCAACAACUGUGUGGACGUGAACGAGUGCCAGAACUUGCCGUGUAUACAAAACUCUGAGUGCACCAACAGCCCUGGCUCAUUUUCCUGUGCCUGUAACCUGGGAUUCACCGGUGAUGGCCGUCAGAGCUGCACGGAAAUCGACGAAUGCGCCUCGCCCAAGCUGAACAGCUGCAGCCCGAACGCCGAUUGCCUCGAUCAGCUCAUCGGUCACCAGUGCAGCUGUCGCCUUGGAUACUCGGGUGACGGCCACACCUGCCAGGACAUCAACGAGUGUUUGGACGAGGGGACGCGAGCGCAGAAGCUCUGCGGCGCCGGCUCCGUGUGUACGAACAACAACGGUUCGUACACGUGUCCAUGUGCCAGCGGGUACUCCGCGCACGCCGACGACACUGCACAGGGCAGCAGUGUGAGCACCACGCCCGUGUGUCGUGACGACAACGAGUGCUUUACCGGCUUGCACGCCUGCGACCCGCAACGCUCCUGGUGCGAGAACGCUAUCGGUUCCUACAAGUGCCACUGCACCCCUGGGUACGAGGGGAACAGCUGCUCUGACGUUGACGAAUGCAAUGACCCAACGGCGUGCCCGAGUGAGUCAGUGUGCCGCAACACAAACGGUUCGUACUCGUGCCACUGCAACCGCGGCUACGUGAAGACCCGCGCACAGAAGUGCGUUGACGACGACGAAUGCUCACUCAGCAGCGAUGCACACGACUGCAGCGCCAACGCAACAUGCAAGAACAGCGUGGGCAGCUUCACCUGCACGUGCAGCGCCGGGUUCACCGGAGACGGCGUUCGUUGCUCCAAUAUCGACGAGUGUAACGUCACCAUGGUGAUUCCUACCCAGCCGCCGCUGAUUCCCUUCCAGGGAGGCGAAGGAGGCGGCGGCGGUUUCAUUCCGUUUCCGCUUCCCGCCACUGGCACCACGACCUUGGGCAGGCUGUGCGCCGCGAACUCACGCUGCGUCGACACGGUGGGCAGUUACGAGUGUACGUGCUCGUCGGGUUACUAUGGCGACGCACGGGUUCAGUGCAACGACGAGGACGAGUGCAACAGAAAGCCGUGUGACGCAAACGCCAACUGCAAAAACACUGUCGGAUCGUUCCAGUGCUUGUGCCAGCUCGGCUAUUCGGGAAAUGGCACGCACUGCACAAAUGUUAAUGAAUGUACUCUCAAAACUGACAAUUGCCCUGCCCAGGCCAACUGCAGCGAUACGGAUGGCAGCUUUGUUUGCCCCUGCAAAGUCGGUUAUGCGCCUGCGACCGGUGGAGGAUGUACGGAUAUUGAUGAAUGCAACAGCGCACCGUGCGGUCGUAACGCAGUCUGUACCAAUACGGACGGCUCGUACAGCUGUAAAUGCCAAGUUGGUUAUGCCGGAACGGGCAGGAACUGCACUAACAUCAACGAAUGCAGCCUUACAGCACCAACAGCUCACACCUGUCACUCAAACGCCACCUGCACGGACUCGCCGGGCAGUUACGUUUGCCCGUGCAAUCCCGGCUUCAUGUCGGCCUCGGAUGGCAGCGGCGCAUGCGGGGACGUGAACGAAUGCAACCGGAAGCCGUGCCCAGUGAACGGCGUGUGCACGAACAGCUUUGGGAGCUACAGUUGCGCGUGUAGCACAGGGUACGUCAGAAACGGCGAGCUGUGUUCGAAUGUGGACGAGUGCGCCAAGGGAACGCACGCCUGUCUCGCCAACACGAGCUGCGUCGACUCGGCCGGCUCGUACUCCUGCCCCUGCGUUCCGGGCUUCUACCCGGCGAAGGACGGAAGCAGGAGCUGCAGCGACGUAAACGAAUGUUAUGACAAGCCGUGUCACACCGAUGGUACCUGCACGAAUAGCAUUGGCUCGUUUCAGUGCAGCUGUAACAAUGGCUACAGUGGAGACGGGAAAACAAUGUGCGGCGACAUUAAUGAGUGUUUGGGUGAGAACUGUCCCAGCAAUUCAACGUGCAGCAACUCCCCGGGUAGCUUCACUUGUGCAUGUAACGCCGGGUUUGAGAAGGCUAGCGACGGCAAUGGCACAUGCAAGGAUGUGAAUGAAUGUGACCGCAGACCGUGCCACAAUCACGGAACGUGCACCAACAGCGUCGGCUCGUUUCGCUGUGCCUGUUACGAGGGUUACCUUGGUAACGGGUCCGACUGUAGAAAUGCUGACGAGUGCAUGCUCGGCACUCACACGUGUGAUUCGAAUGCCGCUUGCACGGACACACGAGGCAGCUUCACCUGCAAAUGCAAUAACGGAUAUUCGUAUUUCGCGGCUGUAGCCGAUGGCCAUGCUGUAUGCACUGAUGUCGACGAGUGUAUUGUCGCACCAUGCCACCACCACGGAAAUUGUACGAAUACCAUUGGCUCCUUUAGGUGUGGCUGUAAGUUGGGCUUUGCCGGCAAUGGUUCGAAUUGUGAUGAUGUUGACGAGUGUGCUCAGGGAAGCCACAUGUGUAACGUGACUAAUCAAGCGUGCAGUAACACACAGGGCAGCUACGCAUGCCCAUGUAUCGCCGGCUACGCGAAGGCUAGUGACGGCAGUUGUAAAGACGUGAACGAAUGCAACCGCAGACCAUGCCACGAUCACGGAGCCUGUACGAACAAUGUCGGCUCGUUCAGCUGUGCCUGUGACAAUGGUUACCAAGGUAACGGGUCCGACUGUAGAAAUGCUGACGAGUGCAUGCUCGGCACUCACACAUGUGAUUCGAAUGCCGCUUGCACGGACACACGAGGCAGCUUCACCUGCAAGUGCAACAAUGGAUAUUCGUAUUUCGCGGCUGUAGCCGAUGGCCAUGCUGUAUGCACUGAUGUCAACGAGUGUAUUGUCGAACCAUGCCAUCACCACGGACAUUGUACGAAUACUAUUGGCUCCUUUAGUUGUGGCUGUCAGUUGGGCUUUGCCGGCAAUGGUUCGAAUUGUGAUGAUGUUGACGAGUGUGAUCAGGGAAGCCACAUGUGUAACGUGACUAAUCAAGCGUGCAGUAACACACAGGGCAGUUAUACAUGCCCGUGCAUCGCCGGCUAUGUAAAGGCUAGCGACGGCAAAGGCAGUUGUAAAGAUGUGAACGAAUGCUACACGCUUCCGUGCGACCCGAACGGUGUGUGUACCAACGAGGUGGGCUCGUUUUCUUGCCGAUGUUCCAGUGGCUAUUAUGGCAAUGGUACGCUGUGUACGAAUAUAGAUGAAUGCACGGCUGGUGCACACCAGUGCCAUGGAAACGCCGGUUGUACAGAUACCUCUGGCAGGUACACGUGUAGGUGCAAUGUCGGCUAUCAAUCCACAUCGGCGGUCGAAGGCCACAAUUGCACGGACGUGGACGAGUGUUCGUUGGGACGCGCGAGUUGCGUGACCAACUCCGAAUGUCGCAAUACGGUGGCCUCUUACACGUGUGAGUGCCAGAGCGGGUAUUCGGCCACAGCUACUGGAAUCACCGGGGCAGAGCACUGUGCGGACAUUGAUGAAUGUAAUGCCAGUCCUCCGUCGAGCAGUCUCUGCAGCAACAACGCAGCGUGCAGUAAUACAAACGGCAGUUUCACAUGCCCGUGUGUCGCUGGGUACGUGAAGGCUAGCAACGGCAGAUGUGAAGACGUGAACGAGUGUUACACGAAUCCGUGCGACACUAACGGCGAGUGCACCAAUAAGGAGGGCUCGUUUGCUUGCCGGUGUGCCAGUGGGUAUAGUGGCAAUGGAACACUGUGUACGAAUAUAGAUGAAUGCACGACUGGCGCACAUCGUUGCGAUGGAAACGCUGGCUGUACAGAUACUGUUGGUAGUUACAAGUGUAGCUGCAAUGUCGGCUAUCAAUCCACGUCGGCGGUCGAAGGCCACAAUUGCACGGACGUGGACGAGUGUUUGUUGGGACGCGCGAGUUGCGUGACCAACUCCGAAUGUCGCAAUACGGUGGCCUCCUACACGUGUGAGUGCAAGAGCGGGUAUUCGGCCACAGCUACUGGAAUCACCGGGGCAGAGCACUGUGCGGACAUUGAUGAAUGUAAUGCCAGUCCGCCGUCGCUCAGUCUCUGCGGCAACAACGGCAGCUCCUGUCGGAACAACGAGGCCAGCUACUCCUGUGUCUGCACAACUGGAUUCAGCGGAAACGGAACGCACUGCCAGGACACCAACGAGUGCUUGGAUGGCAGCCAUGGUUGCCACGCCAACGCCACCUGCUCCAACACCGCGGGUGGUCACACGUGUGCAUGCAGGCCGGGUUACCGAGGCAGCGGACUGUUCUGCGACAACGAGGACGAGUGUCAGAAUGGCGAGCACCGCUGUUCUCCGAACGCACAAUGUUCAGACAGCGUCGGAAGUUUCUCCUGCGCUUGCUCAACUGGCUACACUGGGAAUGGAACAAGCUGUACAGAUGUUGAUGAAUGUCAACUCCCAUCACAAUCAUCAUCAGCUCACCAGUGUAAUAGAAAUGCCGACUGUAACAAUACCCAAGGAAGCUAUGCAUGCACAUGUUCUGUAGGUUAUACAGGAAAUGGACAGUUCUGUAUCGAUAUUGACGAAUGCACACUGACCCAAGCAGUCAUCGCCGAGGACUCCACCAAGUCUGAUGUGACCGUUCUCGGCAGUACAUUAUGUGACCGCCAUGCCAGCUGUAAUGACACCGAGGGUAGCUACACAUGUAUAUGUCGUGCUGGUUACUAUGGUAAUGGCACACACUGUCAGGAUGUUGAUGAAUGUUCUUGGCCACACUCCUGUUCUCCAAACAGUCGUUGCGCCAACACCUAUGGCUCUUUCACGUGUUCGUGUGAACGUGGAUUCUUGGCCGGUUUGAAUGCAACCUGUAAUGAUGUGGAUGAAUGUGAAUUGAAAGGUUCGUGUGAUACUAGCGCUGAUUGUAUGAACAAAGCUGGUAGUUUUGGCUGCUCGUGCAAGCAAGGAUACACUGGUAAUGGGACUCACUGUGAGGAUGUGGACGAAUGUAGCAUUGGAGUGCAUGCUUGCGAUACGGCGGUCGGUAUUUGCACGAACACUGCCGGCAGCUUUGCAUGCUCCUGUCCAACCGGGUACAAGGGCAAUGGCACGCACUGCAUGGAUGUGGACGAGUGCGAGUCGUCUCCGUGUGCGGCAAAGCGUUCGUACUGCGUGAACUCCAACGGCUCCUUCAGCUGUCCGUGUAACACUGGCUACGAACGGGAAUCGGCGGACGGCGACUAUUGCGACGACGUGAACGAAUGUGAAAACCGCACGUUGAGCGCAUGCCGCCAGCCGGCCGACUGCAUAGACACAGACGGCUCGUACACGUGCCGAUGUCCGCUCUACUUCGCCAGCGACGGCGCGGGUGGCUGCGACGUGCAGGAGCCGUGCCUGUCCAGGACGCACAACUGCAGCCAGUUUGCCACCUGUCACUCUGGCAACGGCACGUCCAGCAUGCCGGCGCUCAACUACACGUGCCGUUGCCUGUCGGACUUCACCGGUGACGGUAUCAACUGCACAGCGCUCCGCCUCAUAGGACAGCUAAACAACGGUGGUGAAAAGAGCAAGUCAACGACCAAUCCAGCAAUCUACGUUGCUGUGGGCAUUGGUCUCUUCCUGGCGUUUGUCUGCAUGGCUGUGGUCCUGGUUGUGAAACGACGACAGGGUGCAGGCAUGGUCCAUGCUGCAAGUUCUAUGGUUCUGCCGCUCGGUGCGUCUGCAGAGGAUUACGACAACUUCAACCUGCCGCAAAAGCGUCGCAAGGACGGAGCUGAUACCGAUUAUGAGACCAGCGUAUUUGACCGCGGAAACGACUAUGGUGAACUUGGGCCGGGCCAGAAGAACGUGAACGGCGAGUACAUGAACAUUGAUGACCUCCUGAAGAGCUUAAACAUGCAGAUCAACAAAGACCAGGACCUGUCGAAGAAAAACUUCUACAACAAGAUUGCGUCGAUGUUGAGCAAGCGCGAGGAGGUUGGCGAUGACGAUGAUGCCUGGGGGGAUGACGACGGUGACGCGGAUAGCAACGACAAUAAUCACAUUAGCGACGCCAUUUCUAUGCUAUCCCUGGGCGCGGCCGGUGGGAAGUCAUUCCCGAAGAGUCGCGAGUCGGUGGACGCAAGUAUGCUGGGGGCCAAUGGGCCGCGCAUGUCCGCUCACAGCAUGGCCGAGCUCAAUGACUACAUGAACAACGACGACCAGGAGAGCUGGGCGCCGCUGAGUCAAGCCACGCUCGCGGCGUCGAACAUGAACGAGUGUCGACUCGGUGACGGAAUCCCCGACAGCCCGAAGACGGCGGGCGUCAAGGGUGCAUCGCGCCCCAAGCUCGGCCACAUGAAGAAGUCGCGUGGCAAGCAACAGCAGCAGCAGGAGGAGGAGGACGUGACGAUGACUGACGACAAUGACGGCAGGGAUGUCGGCGAGGCGUGGCAGGAUAUUCACAUUGCCACGCGCUCGCCGUUCAGCGCCAGCAAUUCUCGGCGCACCUCCGUCGCCAACGUGCUCACUCUCGCUGCACAGCCGUGCGAAUCGGACAGCGACGAUAACCCGGCGGUGAAGAAAACCAAGAGAAGUCGAUCAAAGUCGUCGCUGAUUGCAAACGCUAUCUUCACAAGCACCAACAGCAGGGAUUCUGCAGGAAAGCCAACAUCGGACUAUGCGAACAUCAGGAAGCCAUCGAAAACUGCUAGCAUGCUUCAGUCCACUAUUCUGCAGGUAAGCGCCCUUCCGUCUCUGGAGAGGAACGUAACCGAGGACAGUGUCGUGGAUGGCUUUGAAGAUACGGAUGCCUUCAAACCGGUUUAUGAAAACACUUUGCCGAAAAGUAUACGCCAUGCAACGUCUCCGAAGAAGCUGUCCGGCAUGGCCAGGAUGCUGGGAUCUGAAUCUACCGCCGGCAAUGGCUCGGAAGAUGUCUAUGAUGAUGACGGCACUGGCCAGUUUGUGAUUCCACACGAGAAAUACGAGGACGACGGAUUCUCGUUCGUCAGCGACGCGGCGCGUCGCAAGUCCAGCGCCAUGCAUCAGAUGAUUCAGCAGCCGUCCACUGACGUCGACAUCACAAAGCUGGGCUGGGAGCCCGACGUCGAGACGUCCAGCAAGCCUGGAAGUGCCAACGUGUCCAGAUCACCAUCAAUAGCCGCCUUCACCACACUCGACCCACAGGCCUCUGCAGCAGUAGUCGAGGCUUCCAACACGCCAGCGCCGCCCAAGCCCAAGGAGAACAAAAUGCUGAGGAAGAUCCAGGGCCGCUACAUCUUCAAGACGCAGAAGGGCACGCUCGUCCCGCUGUCCGCAUUCCACACUGCGAUCAACGAGAGAGACCUCGUGCACUGUUUUGCCGCGCCGGGUCCCGAUGGCAGCUACGCCCUUUUCAACAACACCACCUCAGAGUUCUUGGGCACCGCUAGUCAAGGUGACAUCCACAAAUCUGCGUUCCUCAAUCCGACCGUCAUGUCUCGACUGUUCACUGCCUCGCCGGUCCUAACCGCUAAGGACCUGGAGCCGCUGUACGCAAACUUUAGAGAUCUGGUGAGGAAGCCCAACGGCGAAGUGAUCUUCCUCGACGCCAAUGGCACUCCGGUACCGGUGACCGUGUUUGGUGACGUUGAUAUGGAUGAUUACACGGCGUACGAAGUAGCCCUUGACAGAACGGGACGCUACACUCUGCUGCAGAAGGGCAACAUAAAACUCGUGGCCACCUGUGACGUUCGCGAGGAGAAGACCAGCUUCAGCGCGGUGAACGAGAAGAAGGACGAGGUUCUGAACACAACGAAAACCCCGGAAACGGCCGAGGAGCAAGAGAUUGCUAACGUGUAUACAAUGGAUGACAAGGACUUGGCAGCGUACGUGGAAUCCGACUAUGCCAGCGUGAAUCGCAACUACUCGUCAGCAUCUCGCACCAAGGACACCAUAUACAAAGCCGUCUUCAAGAAUCUGGAGGGCGAUUAUUCCUUCACGGAUUACACCGGCUCCAUCAUCCCGCUCUCCGUGUUCGACGCCGACAUUUGCGAGGAAAUUGCCGAGAGCUGCAGCGUUGCGGUUGUCGGCGGAGGCAAGAUUGGUCUGUUCCAGGCCGACUCCGCAACACCGGUGGCUACCGUGCGCCAGGGCAAGGUGCGUAGCUUCGUUGCCCAGUCGCGCGGCACCGAGGUGGAGCGCGCCCAGCUCUACAGCAGGCGUCCGCCGAAGAACACGGUGAAGAAGGCCGACGACGGCGACCUGAUCUACCAAUCCGCAAAGGGCAUUGAAAUACCCAUGGCUGUGUUUGGGGUACCAAUGGACGACGACGCGGAGGAAAGCAUCUACGAGGUGACUGAGACGGCCAACGGCACGAUGGCCUUGUUCAAUGUUCAGACAGCCGAGCUUGUGGCCACGGCCGACGUACGGGAAACGGCGCGACGCAAGUCUUCCAGGGCCACGCGCAGCCCCAGCAUGGGCCUGGCUCGCGCCAGGAAGGUGUCGCGCGACGUCUCGCAAGACUUGUCGCCUGCUACUGCUGCCGCCGCCACAGCCGCUGUCCCUGCCUCUGCAGCUGCUGCCACUGCCGAUGCAAGUGAGUGGUGCGAGGAAGAUCCAUACGCGCUAGUCUCCGCCGACCAAGUGCUAGACCACAGCAAGCUGGCACGCGUCCGCAGCCAAAGCAGAGUCGAGGAGGGCGAUGUGGCCAGCGUCAGACCUGCCUCUUCGCCGUCCUUUGACUUCUAAGCCAUUAGCAGGCAAGGAAGUGUGUAGCUGUGUAUGUACAAACUCUGUAUGCAAGAUUCGUUGGAAACUGAUUAUCAGCACAUUGAACUAAUGUAACACCAGUGCAUAUGAACUUGACCGGCAAACUUCACCCCAAAUAUCCCUCGCCGCCCGCCUAUGCAUUGAUCGAGCGGGGAGCCAAACGAAUGAUGUCGGCAAUAACCUAGUUAUAAUUUUAGCCCAGUGUAAGGAAUAAGGAUACGGAACGAGACUAUAAUCAACACCAACAUGCCGGUUGUGUGCAGGAGUUUGGGACGAGCUCUAGUAGACGGGCCCCAUUCUUUCUCCGCGCGCACAUUUGAACAGGCCCAGUUUAGAUCUCUCCAACAGGCCAUUGAAUACUGCUUUUUUCUCCUUCCAGGUUUGCUAUUCUAGAUGUGCACUGCACUAGAGCGGGUGCUAUAGUUUCUCCUGGUGUGCUUUCAUUGAUUGUAUAACUUUAUAUUUUGAAUGUGUCUGUCAUUAUUUCCGUCUCUUAAAAUAAUUUUGUCUUUCGCAUGUUUUGUGAUUCUUUUCCGCCCCAUGCGGAGGUCGCAUGCCCCGUGCGUCAGCGGCCAUAGCUAGGUAAAUGAGCACAUGCGGGUGUACUCAUCUGCACACCAGCCCGCUAGGCUGGGCACUGAGCUGUUAGAAUUUAAUCGCACGCCGUGUCGAUAUCGAUUCCUGUGGCCUUUCUCUGCUGUACCAGCCCGGCACUCUUCGUCGUGCCGACCUUGUGAAGUUUCUUUUGCUCUCUACUAGAAUUUCGACACUCUUUGUUGACCGUGUAACCAUUUCUUUUCCCCUUUGCUAGAAUUUCAGCACUCUUCGUUUUGCUGACAUCAUGAACAUUGCAUUUCCUCUUUGCUAGGUUAUUUUGCUGCACAUCCUCUCCGCGUUGUCUAUCCACGUCACAGAUUUCACACACACACACACACCAGUUCUAUUUCUAUAUUGUCGUAGUGCUCGCAGGUGUUCUCAUCCACUCAACCCGUUCUGAUUUGGCUCUAGCAUUUCGUAGUCGUAGUCAACCACCAAGAAUCUGUUUAGACUGGAUUCCACCAUCAAAAAUCUGCUUAAACUGGAUUAUUUUGGACUAUUUCAUAGCUAUUUUCUUGGCCCUUCAAUAUGUUGUGCUCAGCAAUAGCUAGAGUGCAUUCUCACGUUGAUGUGUCCUUCGAAGCGCGGAAUUCUGAUAACAAGCACAUGUACUUGAGAAUAUUAAUGGUACUGAUACUUUC